UCUGGGACUCAAACUGCAGUUGGCCAUGUGGGAGCACAGUGCCUUUACCCACUAUACCACAUGCGUGUCCCUGGAAAUCAAUUUAUUGUCUCUAAUCAGAAACCUGUGGUUCUUACAUCCUGCAGAUGCCUUUCAGAAAUUACCAGCCAAAGGCUUUCGUCCUUCAGGAGAAGUAUUGCCAACAGUGAUGGUGGAGGGACAUGAAAGCCAUGGGACCGAAGAGUUUCCCUUCAUGCAAGUCCAGAAAAACACACAUGCCCCUGCCUGUGAGUGGAGAGAAGAAGAAAACCCACACCAAGCAGAUCCUAUGACCCGUGAGGAAGAGCAGACUGGGAGAGUUGUUGGUCCCAAAAGAAGGGGUGUAAGAAACAGGCCUGUUCCUAGUGACCUUGACUUCAGCUUGCAGUCACAUCCACCAGCGGUGCAGGAACUUAAAGGUAGUAGGGGACCGUAUGAACAGAAGGGAGUUGAGAACUCUGAUAAGCAAAGUCCUGUAGUUUCACCACUCCAGACAAUUGUUCCCAGUGUCAAAGCCGUCACUGAUCGUGAAGAUGGGCGUAAUUUUAUAGACUGUUCAUUACUCACCCAAGAUCAGAGAGCAGGCAGGAGGAAGAAAUCUUUCCAGGGUAAUCGGUCUGGCAAAGCUUUUAGUGAACACUCACACCGUGCUCUAAGUCAGAAAAUCCAUACAAAAGAAGAACUAUAUAAAUGUGAUGUUUGUGGAAAGGUCUUUAAACAAGAAUCAAACCUUGCACGUCAUUGUAGAAUUCAUUCUAGGGAGAAACGUGCCCAGUGUAAAAUGUGUGGUAAAGCCUUUAAAAGUAGCUCAAAGCUCAUUAUACAUGAAAGGAUCCAUAGCAGAGGAAAACAAUAUAAAUGUGAUGUGUGUGGCAAGGUGUAUACUCAGAGUUCAAACCUUGCAAGUCAUCGUAGAAUUCACACUGGAGAGAAACCUUACAAAUGCAGUGAAUGUGGUAAAGCUUUUACACAAAGAUCGAUACUUAGAGAACAUGUGAAAAUUCAUACUGGCGAAAAGCCCUAUGAAUGUAAUGAGUGUGGCAAAGUCUUCCGUCAGUCUUCAACCCUUGUUGGUCAUCAGAGAAUUCACACUGGAGAGAAACCUUACAAGUGUAAUGAAUGUGGCAAGGUCUUUAGCACCAGUUCACACCUUGCAGUGCAUCGUAGAUUUCAUAGUGGAGAGAAACCUCACAAGUGUAGUGAAUGUGGCAGAGCCUUUUCUGACCGCAGAAACCUUAUUAACCAUCAGAGAAUCCAUACUGGAGAGAAACCUUUCAAAUGUAAUGUCAAAGUCUUUCGUUUGUCUUCAAACCUUACUGUUCAUCGGAAUAUUCAUAUUGGAAAGAAAACAUACAAAUGUAACGAAUGUGGCAAGGUCUUUGGUCGCAGUUCACACCUCAAGGGCCAUGUGCGUAUUCACACUGGAGAGAAACCUUACAAGUGCCAUGAGUGUGGGAAAGCCUUUAGGGUGUCCUACAGCCUGACUAACCAUCUAGCGAUUCACACGGGAGAGAAACCUCACCGAUGUAACGAGUGUGGCAAGUUCUUCAGGCACCCUGUAGACCUUGCUCGUCACGGCAGAAUUCACACUGGAGAGAAACCGUUCAAGUGUAAGGAAUGUGGGAAAGGCUUCCGUCAUUCUUCUGGCCUUGCAACUCACCGGAGAGUUCACACUGGAGAGAAGCCUUACAAAUGUGAUGAAUGUGGCAAGUCACUGGGGAGCAGCACUAAACUUAAACUUCAUCGAAAAAUUCAUACUGGAGACAAACCUUACAAAUGUAGCGAGUGUGGCAAAGCAUGCAUUGUGCGAUCAGCUCUUAUUAAGCAUCAGAGAAUGCAUACUGGAGAGAGGCCUUACAGCUGUAGCAGAUGUGGUAAAGCCUUCACUCAGCAGUCUAUCCUAACUGAUCAUUGGAAGAUUCACACUGGGGAGAGACCUUACGGGUGUUCUGAGUGCAGCAAAGCCUUCCGUUCCCGAUCACAUCUUGAACGACAUGAGAGAACUCAUGCUACAGCGAAACCUUGCAAAGAGAUAGGAAAAGUGAAGAAGAAAGCUGCCGGGUCCGGGUCUCAAACCACAGCAGCCAAAGAGUCUCCCGAAAGAGAUCUCUCUUCCCCAGGAACGGUUGCGUCUUUUGCUGUGUUUGCCAGACUGCUCACCUCUCCUCCCUUGACCCUGCCUAACCUGACCCUUCCAUUUGUCCUCUUCAUGGAUGAAUGUUCGGGUUGGGUAGAGGCCUUCCCCACUACCCGGGAAACUGCUGAAACAGUCACCAACAUUCUUCUUCAACGCAUUAUGCCUCGCUUCAGACUCCCGUCCAGCAUCCAGUUGGACAACAGACCUGCAUUCAUCUCACAGGAACAUGCAUCCAUUGUUGCUCAAGUGGCAGUCAGCCAAAUGCUCCUGCACCCCAAUCUCCCCUUCCUCAAGACCCUCCUAGAGAAUGACCCCUAG